CAUAACUAGAAGACAAGAGACAAAAAUGGAGGAAUUUCGUGUGCCAAUACACGACAACUCGCCACCGAUAGAGCAGAUCUUACGUCCAAUAUCAUACACGUCAUGGUUUAUGGGCAUCGGUAUUGCACGUCCGCGAAAAUGUUCCAAAGUUGUCACGACAGUUACAUGUAUCGUUCAUCUGGUCGUGUGUUCAGUUAGCAUGAUGUACAAUGUGAUUGAUCUCCUCUAUUUCGUUAGUGUCUCCAAUUUUUACAAUCACAUAUUUCUGCUUGUAUUUCUCAUGAACAUUGUUACAUGCUACGUGUCGGCGUAUUACAUUCUUUAUCACGGAAUCAGGCAAUACGACAAGUGGCUAAUGCUGAUGGACAAAAUAGAAGAGCUUGAUCAAAGAAUCAGGAGAGAAACACACAUUAAUGACCAGCCAGUAAAAAAAGCAGAAGUAGUAGCGAUUCUCGCAACAUUUGCUUGCUGUUUUCUUUUGUUUAUUGUACAUAUCUGGUCUUUCUUUCUACAUUCGAAGGACGUUGCUUGGUCCGGCUCUUUGUUUUAUUACAUUUUAGCUCAGUCGUUGAUUAACAGUUUCGUCUUUGAUGCUGUUGUCUAUGUGCUAUAUUACAGAUUCCAAACAAUAAAUAAAUUAAUUAGUCAAUUGAAGUUGUCCAGUGUGCCAUGGAUGGCAUUCAAGAUUAAACGCAUCAGAGAAUUACAUGCCGAUGCUUGUGAUCUCGUCAUCAUGGUAAACGACAUAUACGGCCUUUAUUUCCUUCUCUGCGCGGCGAAUUGCUUUACCACGAUCGUAGCUACUUUGUUCACAAACUAUAUAGUUGUAAAAGAAUAUUAUAACUUCUACCAUUAUUUGUUUAUACAUAAUAUAAUUUGGAUUUUGUAUACUAUCCAAUUCGGUUUGAUGUGUUGGAUUUGCACACUUGUGCGUCAAGAAUCUGACAAGACUGGGAUAAUUAUAUGUGCAAUUGUACUGAAAUCUAAACCUCUGAAUUAUGACAUACUACACGAGAUAAGAAUUAAAUCAGGUCUAGAGGUACAAUUAAAAGACCUGAACGGCAAACAAAUAUGUAAUUGUACUAACAAUCUAAAACUAAAUUAUGUCAUCAUAGAAAAUCUCUUGCGCAGAGACCUGGACAGAGAGUAUGUCAGAAAUGAGAUCAAUGACUUUUCGCUGCAACUGCAGCAUCGUCGAGUAGCAUUUACGGCCUGUGAUUUCUUCGAAAUGAACAAUGCUUUGUUUUGUGGUGUAAGUACUAAAUUUAUUUACUUUUUUAUAAUUUAUGUAAUAUUAAUUACUUAUGAAUUGCAAGGCAAAUAACAGCUCUCGAAGCAAUUAAAUAAAAUAAACUUUUGUUUCAGUUUAUCGGAGUGAUCAUCACUUAUUUGAUAAUCUCCAUUCAAUUUUCUGAGUGAUAUAAAUAUCUUAUACUCUAUUCAGGAUACGUUUAUCAAUUUGUUGUUUAUUCCAUAAGUAUUAUGCACAUUAAGAAACAAAAUUUACAAACUUUUGCUGCUUCUUAGAUUUGAAGCACUUUGAUAUUCCUUACUUUCAAAUACCAAUAAUUGCAAUAUUUAAUAAAGUAAUUAAAUAUAGAGUAAAUGAUUUAGAGAAAUGUGUACUGAAACCUAGUAUAAUGUUCAAAAAUAUUUGGGAUCUGCAAACGCAUAGGAUUUUGCGUUAAAUUUACAUUGUGUAUUGACAAACAGUUUUUAAAAUGGAAAAUUGAUAAUUAUAAGAAAUAAAUCUUAUGAAAUUUAUAAAUUGUUAUCAAGUUUUGAUAUUAAAAUUUUUUAAUGUAUUUUUGACGUUUAGAUUAAAACAGAAAGAAUAGCGUAUGUAAGGAAGGCAAAUGCGAAUCGAUUGCUGUUAUUAAAGCAUAGUAAUAUUUUAUAACAAAAUAAUUAAAUAAUAAAAUUAUAAUUUUUAAACGCUUCUUUUUUAAGACGUUUGUAAUAUGAGUUCACAAGUUUUAAUACAAAAAGGCAUUUUAUUGUAGACCACGGUAAAUGCACUGAUAAUAUAUGAUUUUAAAGUAUAAGAUUUGCUUAAUAAAAAGUUAAAUUAUUAUUAGACAUGGAUUAUUACAAUUAUUAAUAAAUAUGCAAAUUUGUAAUAAAAAAUAAUUGAAUUUAAUAGUUUAAGUACCUUAUUUGUGCUUUAAAAUACCAAUUGUGAGCGUUUAAUGAAAAAUAUGUUGCAUAUAUUAAACGUAAAUGUUUUAACAAAAUUUCGCAAGUGUACUCAAGAGGCAUUACUGUAAACUUCAAGUUUAACUAGUUUGUUAAUUUUUGUAAUAAAUUUUUAAGAUUAUGUUAUUUUUGUAGUCAAUGUUUUCAACG